CAGUUUUUUUCUUUUUGUUUUUAAGGUCUCCUGAAUAUAUUUGAAAACUGAACAGUUUCAGCCAAGCCGAAGAAGCGUUGUCUUCCUGGAGGCACAGAUCCAACUUAGCUGAGCCACAACAGAUAUAAGUCAUCAUGGUGAAAAGCCUCGUAGGCAGCUGGAUCCUGCUUCUCUUUGUGGCCACAUGGAGUGACGUGGGCCUCUGCAAGAAGCGACCGAAGCCUGGAGGAGGCAACACCGGCGGGAGCCGAUACCCGGGGCAGGGUAGUCCUGGAGGCAACCGCUACCCACCCCAGGGCGGCGGCUGGGGUCAACCCCAGGGCGGUGGCGGCUGGGGUCAGCCCCAUGGUGGUGGAGGCUGGGGACAGCCCCAUGGUGGUGGAGGCUGGGGACAGCCCCAUGGUGGUGGCAGCCACAAUCAGUGGAACAAGCCAAAUAAGCCAAAAACCAACAUGAAGCAUGUGGCAGGAGCUGCCGCGGCCGGGGCAGUGGUGGGGGGCCUGGGAGGCUACAUGCUGGGAAGUGCCAUGAGCAGGCCUCCCAUGCAUUUUGGCAAUGAGUAUGAGGACCGUUACUAUCGUGAAAACAUGAACCGUUUCCCCGACCAAGUGUACUACAAGCCUGUGGAUCAGUACAACAACCAGAACAACUUUGUGCGCGACUGCGUCAACAUCACGGUCAAGCAGCACACGGUCACCACCAUCACCAAGGGGGAGAACAUCACCGAGACAGACGUCAAGAUUAUGGAGCGUGUGGUGGAGGAGAUGUGCACCACUCAGUACCAGAAAGAGUACCAGGCUUCUUACCAAAGAGGGGCGAGCGUGAUCCUCUUCUCCUCCCCUCCUGUGAUCCUCCUCAUCUCUUUUCUCAUUUUCCUAAUAGUGGGGUGAGGGCAGCUUUUUGUUUGGGGGGGAAGGGGUAUCUACCUGCAGCCCUUUAGUGGUGGUGUCUCGUUCUUGCUUCUCCCUUUGUCACCCGUAGGCUAAUACCCUUGGCUUGAUGGCACAGGGAAAUGUAGAGCAGGCCUGGCACACUAUGUAUUCAAGCCCCUUUUCCUUCAUGGGCUAGUGCAAGUGCCAGGCUGGUAAAAAUGUGACAGCAAAUAAUCAUUCCAUGGCCUAGGCUUAUUUUUUGCCUAGUGCAACACUGAGGCUAACAUAUUCUAAAAACAGUCCUCAGAUACUUUUGCCUAGAUACCUCCGGCUCCUUGCCCCACUACAGCUCAGUACACUAAUGCCCCGUCUUAGUUACCAGUGUUUUUGUAGCAAUUUGGACACAUUUUCUCAUUUAUUUAAGCAAAUCUGACUGCAUUCGCCUGUUUAAAUAGCAUUUCUGCAAAUUUUGGAAGGAUACUCAUUGAAAAAAUAGGACUAAAAAUCCUUAGCUCUUGGGCCCAGGCUCAGCCCUGUGUCUGCAGAGAACUGUGACAUUCUUUUGCAUUUCACAAUAUAGGCUACACAGCAGCUAUUGCAUCAAGAGUAAUAUUCAUGCAACAUUAGACCUCUGGGCAGAGGACAUUUCAUAGGAAAUGAUCAUUACUAACAUGAUAUGAAAGGCUUCUGGGACUAAAAAAAUCCAACAUUUGGGAGUGGUGCCUUUGGAGGGUACCUACAUGUGGCAUUCCUUUCCAUUAGUAACAUCAACUAGAUAAUUAAGGCAGUUAAAAAUUAGGUUACCUUCUGGACACUAAG